CUUGCGAUGAAGAUGUGCAGGGAUAUCUGGAUGGAAACCUGUCACGAUUGGGCUCAUUUCUGACAGAAGACAAAGACCUACAAACUAGUAUCUAAAAGGAGUUUACAGAGUUAGUGCAUAGGAUGUAUGUCUGCCAUGCCUUUAGCCUAGAGGAUUUUAUCUGACCUCAGAUCAGGUCUCUACUCGCACACCAGUAUUUCGGCUCUCUCGACAAGGCCGCUCAAAGAGAAAUAGCCAAAGUGCCGGACUCACUUCCGAUGGCAAAGUGAAAACACAAAACAAGAUAGUAAAGAACAACUACUAUCGGAAGCAUACGAUCAUGCAGUAUGUAAGAUGAAGAAUCAAGGGAAGGGCCAUAGUGAGUAAUGUGCUGGGUAACAUAUGCAAAGGAACCUCUGCUAGUUCAGCAGCUCCAAAAAUGCACUUGCUGUGAAUACCACCUAAUCAGAGAUGGAACAGCCAACAUUCCAGAGCUCAACACGAUAAUCCCAGCUUGCGCAGGGCUAGUCACUGUGGAGGAAAAAAAGCCAAGUCAUUCGUCUAGUCUACAACUCAACACAAAAACUUCGAGCUGUCACGCCAGAAAGGCUGGCUCAAAGAUGCUGACAUCGAGAUCACGAGGGUCUGCAUGAGGUGCC